AUGAAGGUCACCAACCACUCCGACGUGCCCGUCUACACCGUCUCGGGCUCCGACACCGCCCGCCCGCUGCCCGACUGGCUCGCCCGCAAGCGCAAGCGCAGCCUGAAGCAGGACGCCCAGUAUGCCCAUCGCAUCGAGCUGCUGCAGGACUUCGAGUUCGAGGAAGCCAGCCAGUGCGUGCGCGUCAGCGAGGAUGGCGACUGGCUCAUGAGCACCGGCACCUACAAGCCGCAGAUCCAUACCCACUACCUGCCGCACCUGUCGCUGUCCUAUGCCCGCCACACCAACACCAUCAACCAGACCUUCCUGCUCCUCUCCGAAGACUACACCAAAUCCUUGCACUUGCAAACCGACCGCUUCCUCGAGUUCCACAACCCAGGCGGCCUUCACUAUACCACCCGCAUCCCCCGCUAUGGCCGCGAUCUCAAGUACGACCGCCGCUCCACCGAGGCCCUCGUCCCCGCUGUCGGCGUCAACGAGGAUGGCAUGGGCGAGGUCUUUCGUUUGAACCUGGAGCUUGGACGUUUUAUGAAGGCGUUUGAGAUUGACGUCGGUGGCGAUGACUACACAAGCAUGGGUGGCGGCGCGCUGCAGGGUGGGAUCAAUACCGGAAGUGUCAAUGUCGCUGCAAUUGCGGAGGAGUCGCACAACCUCCUGGGCUUCGGCACCUCACUAGGCACAGUCGAGUUCUGGGAUCCCAGAUCACGGAGCCGCGUUGGCAUACUCUCGCUUCCCCCGAACGCUUCUUACGGCGACGAGAAGGUCGGUAUCACCGCCCUCGAAUUCGACCGCAGUGGCCUCUCGCUUGCUUCUGGCACAUCCAAUGGCCUGGUUCAUCUGUACGAUCUGCGGUCUCCCGUGCCGCUCCUGAAGAAGGACCAGGGGUUUGGCCUGCCGAUCCAGGACAUCAUCUUCCUGCAAUUCAAGACCCGGUCCGCGCAGCAAACCUCGGAACCCAAGAUCCUCACGUCGGACAAGCGUAUCAUCAAGAUCUGGGAUCAAAGAGACGGCAAGCCUUGGACACACGUGGAGCCAGCUGUGGACAUGCACCACGUCGAGUGGGUCAAGGACAGCGGCAUGCUCCUUACAGCCAACGAAGGCAAGCAGCAGCACGCCUUCUUCAUCCCCCAGCUUGGCCCAGCACCGAAGUGGAGCGCAUUCCUAGACAACGUCGUCGAAGAAAUGGCCGAGGACCCCGACGAUCCCAACGCCUUCGGCGGCCACAAGGUCGGCGAGGUAUACGACAACUACAAGUUCCUGACAAUGAAGGAGCUGGAGCAGCUCAACAUGGCGCACCUGGUCGGCACGACGAGCUUGCUGCGGCCGUACAUGCACGGCUACUUCGUCGCGCAGAAGCUGUACGAGGAGGCGCGGCUCAUCAGCCAACCGGAGCUGUGGCAAGAGCAGCGCGCCAAGAGCAUCCAGGAGCGCAUCAACAAGGAGCGCGAGAGCCGCAUCCGCGGCAACAAGAAGGUCCAGGUCAAGGUCAACCGCAGGCUCGCCGAGAAGAUGCUGGAGCGCGAGGAGAAGAACGAGCGCCGCAAGGCACGCCGCGUGCUCGAGCGCGGCGGGGACGACGACGACGAAAACGCCGUGCAAGCGCCGUCGAAGCCCGUCGACGAGGACGCGGAGGUCGUCGACGACGACCACGACGAGACCGCCGCCCCCGACAACAAGCCCGCCGGCGCCCGUCUGCUCACCGACUCCCGUUUCGCCAAGCUCUUCCAGGACGAGGACUUCGAGGUCGACGAGGGCAGCCGCGAGUUCCAGUCCAUCAACCCGAGCACGAACUCCACGAAGAAACCACAAGGCCUCACCGCCGUCGAGCAAGAGGCUCUGGACGACCGCCGCCACGGCGCAUCUUCCGACGACAGCAGCGACGAGGACGACGACGACGACGACAGCGACGUUGCCGAGCAGCCCGCCAAGAGACGCAACGCCGCACCGCCCGCUCAGCAGGACAAGGAAAAGAACGCCGGCCGCAUCUCGUCAUCCAGCUACAAGAAGUCCGGCCACCGCCCCAUGCCGCAGAUGGUCGUGUCGUCGUCGAAGAAGGACAAGAACAAGUUCAGCAACAACCGCGACAAGUCGUUCGGCGCUCGCGCCGCGAACCUCAAGGACAACAGCCACAACAAGCGCAGAGAUGGCGGCAGCGGUGGCGGUGCCGUCGUCGGCGAGAAGGAGGUCACGUUCGCGCCGAAGGGCAGGGAGAAACCGCAGCCCCGCAGGCAGGCUGAUGAGGGCGAAGAUGGCAGGACUAGGAAGAGGAUGGAUAAUAGGAGGAGCGCGAGUGGGAAUACUUUCAGGAAGAUGUAG